AUGGAUUUCGGUGGAGCCCCGAGGUUCCUGGCUCGACCCAAAGCCUUCGCCGUGUCCGCCGGCCGGGACGCCACCCUGACCUGCCGGAUCGUCGGCAACCCCGACCCGCUGGUGGUGUGGGAGAAGGGGAGGGCGCCCAUCGGGUCGGGCGGGCGGUUCAAGGCGGUGGAGGACGGCGACGUCUACAAGCUGACCAUUUACGACCUGGCCCUGGAGGACAGCGGCCAGUACAUCUGCAGGGCCAACAACCCGGUGGGCGAGGCUUACGCCGCGGUCACCCUCAAGGUCGCCGCCGACCCGCGCGGGGGCGGCGGCGGCGGGGGGGACGGCGGCGUCGAGUACCCGCCGUACUUCGUCCUCAAACCCUCCUCCCUCAAGGUCCGCCUGGGGGACGACGCCGGCUUCAGCUGCAAAGCGCUGGGGAACCCGGCUCCGGCCGUCAGCUGGGAGCGGGACAACAAGACCCUGAGCGGCGGCGGCAAUGGCGGCGGCGAUUCGGACAACAACCGCUACGCCGUCGAGUCGGCCGGCGACGCCAGUUCCCUCAGGAUCCACUGCGCCCGCUUCGCCGACGGCGGCACGUGGCUGUGCCGGGCCCGCAACCGGCUGGGGGACGCGCAGGCCGCCGCCGCCUUGGUCGUGGUCUCGCCCGACGACGACGACGUGGUGGUGGUGGUCGGCGGCGGCGGCUCCGCGUGGCAGCCGGGCCCCGGCCUGGCGCCAUCGUCCGAGUCGGGCUACGCGAGUCGGACGUCGCUGCUGUCUCACCUGCAGAAGCGUCGCGAGGAGAUGAGGGACGCGGACAUCGCGGUGUACAGGUCGACGGACGCCAUCUUGUCACCUUCUUCUUCUUCUUCUCCGUCGUCGUCGUUCUUCGAGGCGGGAACGGGCCGCCGACUCGGCUUCUCGCGAGACUACCGCGAGGAGGAGGAGGGCGGGGGCGGCGGCGCGAGCCGUUGGCAGCCGUUGGCGGGGGGCGGGGCCGGGGCCACGUGGCCGCGCACGCGCACCUGCACGGUGACGGAGGGCAAGCACGCCCGGCUGAGUUGCCAGGCGACCGGCAAGCCCCGGCCCGAGAUCGUGUGGCAGAAGGACGGUCGGCCCAUCGCCCCGGGCCGCCGGCACGUCCUCUUCGACGACGACCGCGACCGCUUCGUGCUGAGGAUCCUGUACUGCAGGCAGAGCGACAACGGGCGCUACACCUGCACCGCCUCCAACAUGGCCGGCCAGACCUUCAGCUCCGUGCUGGUCAUCGUCAAAGAACCCAAGUUACCUUUUAAAACCAAACUACAGGAUGUUGAAGUUGUAGAGAAAGAAAUGGCCACCCUUCAGUGUGAAGUUCCUGUUUCUGACACACAAACCAGUUGGUUUCUGGAGGAGACUCAGAUAGCAGAGAGCACAAAAUACUCCAUGGAAGAGGAAGGCACCCUUAGAAAACUUAUGAUCCAAAAUGUUACUACUGAUGACGAUGCUGUUUAUGUCUGUGAAAUGAAAGAAGGCAGCAGAACCGUUGGAGAAUUGACUGUAAAAGGUAACAUUGUUAAGAAACUGCCAAGGAAAACUGUAGUGGCAGAAAACGAUACUGCUAUUUUCUGUGUGGAAUUGAGUCACAGCUGUAAGAACAUCACGUGGACAAAGAAUGGACAAGAACUGAAACCAAAUGAUAGAACAACCAUCACUGUAUCUGGCAUGCGGCACGUCCUUACGAUUCGCGAAUGCAAAUGGGAAGACAUAGGAGAAAUAACACUUUUGGCCGAUGACUCCAGAACAUCAACCCAGUUCAACCUAACCACUGCAAGAAAAGUUCCACCGUAUUCCCCAGUCAACCCUGUGGUCAAAGAAGAAACGGAAACAUCUGUCACUUUAGCUUGGUCCUUGCCUGAAGACGAGCCUCCUGUCCCUGUGACCGGCUACAUAAUCGAGAAAAAGAAAAUAGGAAGCAAUACCUGGACAAGGUGCCAUUCAGAAAAUGUGGUGGUGCAAGAAUUCACAGUGAGGGGCGUGACAGAAGGAGGCGAUUACCAGUUCAGAAUUUCCUCCAUAAAUAACUUUUCCCAGAGCAUGUACUUGGAAGUGCCAGGAACCUUUCGUAUCGAACCGAAAGCAUCCAUUAAAACUCCUCUGCAAGAAGUUGAAGUCACGGCGGGUGAAGAUGCCACUUUCACGAUUGAACUAUCUACAGUUGCUCCUGGGCUGUGGUUCCUGAAUGGAAAAGCUAUAGAAAGCAGUGAGAGUCACAUCAUGCAGAGAACUAAAAAUACCCACACGUUGAUCAUUAAAAAAGUGAGGUCGAUUGACAACUCAAUGGAAGUAAAGUUUGUGGCUAGCUGUGUUGAAAGCUUGGCGAGAUUACGAGUGAAAGCUUUGCCAGUUGUGCCAAGAUUCAAAAAACAGUCAGCGGAGAAGGAGAUUGUGUCUGCUUCACAGCAAGGCACAGCGCAGUUUGUUGCUGAGGUUUCUGACUCAUCUGUGAAGGUAAUUUGGAGAAGGGAUGGCAAGGAGAUCAAGUCGAGCAAAAAGUAUGUAUUCCAGACCGUGGAACAGCGGCGCUUCCUGAAGGUCAACGAUGUAAGCCGAGAGGACGAGGGGAUUUACGAAUGUGUUUGUGACGGUGAUAAAAUGCCAUUCCAGCUCCGUGUAGAGGAAUUUCGAUUUGUCAACAAAGAGAAAUCGAAACGUGUUGUCACUGCUGCCUGUGGAGUGUUGGCAGAGCUUGCAGCUGAGACGAAUGACAUCCACGCUAAAGUGCAGUGGUACAAGAAUGGGAAGGAAGUCAAGCCGUUGAAAACAUUUACCGUGGAGAGCAAAGGAAAGGAACAUCGAUUAAUCAUCUCUGCUGCCCAGAAAGAGGACGAGGGCACAUACACGUGCAAAUGCGGAGACGACAUUAUGACCUUUGAUUUGAAAAUCACAGACGCAGCUGUCAAAUUCGUAAACAAGCCCAAAACUCCUGUGGAAGUGGUAGCCACCGCCUCAGAGAGUCUCGAAUUGCCUUGUGAGGUGUCGGCAGCGAGUGCUGUGGUCACUUGGAGAAAGGAUCAAAAAGAGGUUAAGCAGGACCAGAGGAUAACCAUCAUCUCUCAGGGAACACAACGCAAACUCGUCAUCAAUAAAAUGCAGCAGAGCGACCAAGGACACUACACCUGUGUGGCCAACGAUGACAGACUAACAUUCCAAGUGAAAAUCAAAGAAUCAGCUGCAACUAUCUUAAAGAAGUCCACGACACAAACAGAGUAUGCGGCAAGUGUAGGUGAGAAGGUAACCCUCGUUUGUGAAGUGUCUCACUCUACUGUGCAAGGAAAUUGGUACAGACAUGGACAGGAGAUGAAGCAGAGCAAAGUAGUGGGUGUUGAGUCAGAGGGAGCGACACGAAGACUAGUCCUUCACAAUGCCAAAUCGGGGGAUUCUGGACAGUACACUUUCAAAACCCAAGAGGAUGAGAUCACUGUUAAUGUGAAUGUAAAAGAGCCGGAACCAACAUUUGCUAAAAAGGAGUCGGUUCAGAAGGAGGUGAAAGUUCGAGUGGCGGAGAACGCCACUCUUAGCUGUGAAGUGUCACAAUCCAAAACUGAAGUCAAAUGGUCCAAAGAUGGAAAAAUAUUUAGACCCACCAAGAACAUUAAGGUUGAAUCUGAUGGUAAAACUCGCAAACUUGUCAUUCAGAACGUGGAGGCAAAGGAUGGAGGUGACUAUGUUUGUGAAGCAGCGGGAGAGAAGCUGACUUUCCACAUUACAGUUACAGAGCCGGAACCAGUGUUUGCCAAAAAGGAAUCAGUUCAGAAGGAGGUGAAAGUUCGAGUGGCAGAGAACGCCACUCUUAGCUGUGAAGUGUCGCAAUCCAAAACUGAAGUCAAAUGGUCCAAAGAUGGAAAAGUUCUUAGUGCCAGCAAGAAAUUUAAGCCAGAAUCUGAUGGUAAUACUCGCAAACUUGUCAUUCAGAACGUGGAGGCAAAGGAUGGAGGUGACUAUGUUUGUGAAGCAGCGGGAGAGAAGCUGAUUUUCCACGUUACAGUUACAGAGCCGGAACCAGUGUUUUCCAAAAAGGAGUCGGUUCAGAAGGAGGUGAAAGUUCGAGUGGCGGAGAACACCACUCUUAGCUGUGAAGUGUCACAAUCCAAAACUGAAGUCAAAUGGUCCAAAGAUGGAAAAAUAUUUAGACCCACCAAGAACAUUAAGGUUGAAUCUGAUGGUAAAACUCGCAAACUUGUCAUUCAGAACGUGGAGGCAAAGGAUGGAGGUGACUAUGUUUGUGAAGCAGUGGGAGAGAAGCUGACUUUCCACAUUACAGUUACAGAGCCAGAACCAGUCUUUGCCAAUAAAGCAUCCGUUCAGAAGGAGGUGAAAGUUCAAGUGGCAGAGAACGCCACUCUUAGCUGUGAAGUGUCGCAAUCCAAAACUGAAGUCAAAUGGUCCAAAGAUGGAAAAGUUCUUAGUGCCAGCAAGAAAUUUAAGCCAGAAUCUGAUGGUAAAACUCGCAAACUUGUCAUUCAGAACGUGGAGUCAAAGGAUGGUGGUGACUAUGUUUGUGAAGCAGCGGGAGAGAAGCUGACUUUCCACAUUACUGUUACAGAGCCCGAACCAGUAUUUGCCAAUAAAGAUUCACUUAAAAAGGUGGUGAAGGUGCGUUCAUCAGAGAAUGCCGCUCUUAUCUGUGAAGUGUCGCAAUCCAAAACUGAAGUCAAGUGGUUUAAAGGUGGAAAAAUUCUGAGUCCCGGCAAAAUUAAACUGGAGUCUGACGGCAAAACACGAAAGCUUGAGAUUCAGAAUGUGGAGUCAAAGGAUGAAGGUGAAUACAUCUGUGAAGCAGCGGGAGAGAAACUGACCUUCAACAUCCAGGUUGCAGAAUCAAUAUUUGCCAAUAACGCUUCAAUUCAAAAGGAGGUAAAGGUUCACCAGUCGGAGAGUGCCACGGUAAGCUGUGAAGUGUCACAGUCCAAAACUGAGGUCAAGUGGUUCAAAGAUGGCAAAGCGCUGACGAUCAGUAAGAAAAUCAAAAUGGAAUCCGAGGGCAAAACUCGAAAACUUGUCGUUCAGAGCGUGGAGUCCAAGGAUGGAGGUGAAUACGUCUGUGAGGCAGCUGGAGAGAAACUGACAUUCCACAUCAAGGUCACAGAGUUGCCUCUUCUGUUCAAAGAGAAACUACAAAGCGUAAAUGCAUUGAUCAACGAUACAGUUGUGCUCACAUGCGAAUUAAACCAAGUGAAGGGUGACGUUCUGUGGCGACGAAAUGGAAUUGAAAUCAAACCGAGCCGCAGAUUAAAAAUACAGUCAGAGGGUCACAAACGAAGGUUAACAAUCACUGGCAUUACUGCUGAGGACGAGGGGGAGUAUUUGUGCGAAUCAAAGGAUGACGUUACGACAGCUAAAGUGACCAGUAAAGCUCCAAAGAUUAUUAAGUUUACAAGUGAACUCCACAGUGUGGUGGCUGUGGAAGGAGAGGACGCCAUCUUUAAAUGCAGUGUUUCUCACGAGGAGGCCGCAGUCACUUGGCACAGGAACGGAGUGAAGAUUGAGCCAAGUAAGAAGGACCUCGUAUCAUGCGAAGGAAUGAACCGCGGUCUGACCAUCACAAAGCUCGCACUGGACGAUGCAUGUGAAAUUUCUGCACAAGUUGAAAAUGCAAAAACAACAGCCGCCUUGCAGGUUCAAGAAGCUCCGGUCUUGUUUAAAAAGAAGCUGGAGAACAUGACUGUUGAAGAAAAGCAGAAUGCCGUCUUCGAAGUGGAGCUCACCAAACCAUGUAGCGAAGUGAAAUGGAUAAAAAACAACGUUGUCAUUCAGCCCGAUGGGAACGUAGACAUAAAGGUCGACGGCAGCAAACAGACGCUUACCAUCAAAAAUGUGAGCUUUGCUGACCGUGGAUUUUACUCCUGUGAGACACUUCAUGAAAAGACAAAGGCCAAACUGAGCGUUGAAAUGAGAAAAAUCCAGCUGAUUAAAAAGUUGGAGGAGGUGAAGGUGCAUGAGAAAGAAACGUGCACUUUUGAAGUUGAGUUGUCCCAUGAGGAUGUGGAAGGCACCUGGUUAAAGGACAGUAUAAGAGUGAAACCUGGACCCAAUUGUAGAACCACCACAUUGGGCAAAAAGCAUGCACUGACCUUAUCUGCUUUGAAGAUUGAAGACUCAGGGCAGAUCAGUUUCCAGGCAGAAGAGAUACGUACAUCUGGAAAGCUUGUUGUAACAGAGCUCCCUGUGAAUUUUACCAAAGCUUUAGAAGACAUCAAAGUUCCAGAAAAAGAGAAAGUCAUCUUUGAAUGUGAACUCUCCAGGUCUACUGUGGAUGUUAAAUGGUUCAAGGAUGAUGUGGAGAUUAAGCCGGGAAAAGGAUACAGCAUUUUCUCCAAAGGAAGGAAGAAGAGUCUUAUAAUUCAGAAGUGCGGAUAUGAAAACCAAGGCCAAUUCACUUGUGAUGCAGUGGAUAACAAGUCCUCAGCCACCCUGACUGUCCAUGCUCGUGACAUCAAAAUUAUCAAAGCCUUGAAAGACCUUGAAGUGAUUGAAAAGGAGAGCGCUGCAUUCGUGUGUGAAAUCUCACACGACGAGGUCAACAUUCAGUGGUUUAAGAACGAUGUCAAAGUGAAGGCUGGGGAAAACGUGAAAAUGCGUCAGGAAGGAAGGACCUAUAUUUUGCUUUUUAAAUCAGUAAAAGCUGAAGAUGCUGCUGAGAUCAAAUUUGUGGCUGAGAGCGCUGUUUCCAUGGCUUGUCUUCGAAUAAAAGAAUUGCCAGUUAAAUUUGUCAAACCUUUGCGAGAGAAGAUUGCCAUGGAGAAACAUCGUGUGGUUUUGGAAUGUAAGGUUUCCAGGGCCAAUGCUACAGUCAAGUGGUAUCGCAAAGGAAAAGAGAUUCUCCCCAGUAAGAAGUUUGAGGUCGUGAGUGAAGACGUGUACAGGAAGCUUGUCAUCAAUAACGUGGCUUUCGAAGAUGAAGGCAGCUACGCUUGUGAUGCUAUCGAUGACAAAACCACAGCACAGCUAAACGUAGAAGAGCAAGCAAUAGCCAUUGUAAAACAGAUCUGCGAUGCAGAGGUAACAGAACCAAGUGAGGCCAGGUACGAAUGUGAGCUUUCAGUUGCGGAAGUGAAGCCUCCUAAAUGGACCCUGAAUGGUGAACUUCUUCGUGCCGCUGAAGACAUUGUCAUUGAGCACGAGGGCACCCUUCACCGCCUGAUUCUGAAGAAGACAGACUGCAAGAUGACUGGCCUGGUGCAGUUCACUGCAGGCAAAUCAAAAUCUGAGGCCAGGCUGACAAUUAAAGAGCCUCCAGCAAAGGUAGUUCGAGAGCUUAAGAAUAUUCGGGCCGAGGAGAAGACUUCUACUACUCUGAGCUGUGAGUUUACACCUGCUCCCAAGAUGGUCAGGUGGUACAAGGACCAGAGUCUGAUCGAGUCGUCCGACAGAUACAAAAUCCGCCAAGAUAAGAACGUGAUCGAACUCACCAUUAUAAACCUCAGGACAGAAGACUCCGGCGAGUACAGCUGCCAGUCGAAUAACGCCAAGACCUCAGGGGCACUCAUCGUGGAAGCCAGAAAAAUAGAAAUUGUGAAACAUCUGGAAGAUGUGGAGACUAUGGAGGAAAGCAAUCUGGUAUUUUCAUGCGAGCUGUCUCAUGAUGACGAGGAAGUUCAGUGGUACCUAAAUGAUACUACCUUGUUCUCCAAUAACUUCAAUGAGAUACAGAAAGCAGGAAAGACACACAAGCUAAUUCUGAAAGGGGUCACUCCUGAUGACACGGGAACAGUUAAAUUGAAAGUGAGAGAUGUGACAGAAACAGCACAGCUGAAAGUUCAAGAAAAGCCAGUGGUUUUCAUGAAAUCAUUGGACGAUGCCAAUGGGGAUGAGCGAGGAAUGAUCACACUGGAGUGUGAGGUCUCUAAACCCAAAGUGAAUCCUGUCUGGAAAAAAGAUGAGGUGGUCCUUGGAUCAAGCGAUAAAUAUGAGCUGCUGCACGCUGGAAAGACAUUGUGCCUUAUAGUCCACGACUUGAACAAAAGCGAUGCUGGAAUAUAUACCUGUGAUGUAGGCAGUGACACAGCCAGCGCCAAGGUUACCAUCCAAGAGCUGAACAUAGGGAUCACGAAACGGCUAAAGAGCACGGAGGUUAAGGAAGGAGAAAGCGGGUCUUUCGAAUGUAUUCUCUCUCACGAGAGCGUGGAUGAGUAUUACUGGACUGUAAACGGCCAGCCAGUGGAAGGCAAUGAACGAUUUCAAGCAUUCAACAUUGGCCGGAAAUACAUGCUGAACGUUAAGGAAGUGGGUCUUACGGAUGCGGGAGAAGUGGUUUUCAAUGUGCGGAGCCUCAGCUCGAAGGCCUCAUUGAUUGUGAAAGAAAAACCAGCAGAAAUUACAAAGCAGCUUGAGAAUGUGGUGGCCGUAGAGGGAGAAGACAUUGUACUGAGCUGCGAGGCCUCCAAACCCGUCUCUGCAGUCAAAUGGUUUAAGGACGGCAAAGCAAUCCGAAAGAGUCAGAAGUACGAGAUAUCUCAGAGUGGAAAUGAGAACACGUUAAUCAUCCAUCAAACCACCACGAAGGAUGCGGGAGAGUAUACGUGUGGGGCCGAGGCUUCUAAAACUACAGCUAAAGUUUCCAUCACCGAACUAGUAAACCGAUUGACUGAGGAACUACGUGACGUUAAGACUGAAGAGAAGGGAGUGGCUGUUUUUGAGUGUAAAACAGCGCAGCCGACCUCGAAGGUCAUUUGGAGGAAGGGGAUGGUGGAGCUCAAGGCCAAUCAGAAAUAUGAGAUCAAACAAGUCGGGACCUUACACAGCCUGACCAUCAACCAGUUAGAAAGGAGUGACAGUGACCACUACACGUGCGAUAUUGGGAAUGCAAAAUCAGGAGCUCAUCUCACAGUAACAGGUCGCAAAGUCCGAAUUCUCGAAGAUCUUGAAGAUGUUGACGUUCUCGAAGGUCAAUCCGCGACAUUUAAGUGCAAGAUUUCACCGUCAGAUUAUGACAGUGUACAGUGGUUCUUGGAUAAGACACCUCUUCACACAAAUGAUGUGAAUGAAAUCAAGUCACUGGAAGGUGGCUAUCACACUCUAACUGUUAAAAAACUCUCAGUAAAAGAUUCUGGUACUAUCACAUUUGAUGCCGGAGAUCAGAAAACCUCUGCUGCCUUGACAGUGAAAGAGAAACCACCAACCGUAACAAAAGAACUGGCAGAAUUUACUGCUGUCAUUGAAGGAGCGGAUGUCACCUUGUGCUGUGAAACGUCUAAAUCAGAAUGUCUCGUUAAGUGGUUUAAGGAUGGAAAGCUUUUGAAAAAUACGUCCAAACAUAGAAUCAGUCGUUCUGGAAAUGAUGCCAGAUUGACUGUUUGUAAAGCUGAGCAGAAGGACGCUGGAACAUAUGAAUGCCAGACUGAAGCAUCGAGCACUAAAUCUAUUGUCACAGUGACUGCCUUGCCAACAACCUUCAAGAAAGGACUUCAGAAUGAGGAGGCGCAGGAGGGUGUGACCGCCACACUGAGAUGUGAAAUAAGCAGAGACGACACCGCAGUGGUGUGGAGAAAGGAAUCCACCGUCCUUUGUGCCAGUGACAAAUACGAAAUGAAGCAAAAGGGUCCCGUCGUCGAGCUGCUAAUCCACAGCCUAAAGCCUGAAGAUAGUGGGCGAUACACCUGCGACACCGGAGAUCAACAGACCACGGGUUCCUUGAAAGUUAACGCCCUUCCGGUGCUUUUUAAGAAGAAGCUUCAGAAUAAGGAAAGUAAAGAGGGAAGUGACGCCUCAUUGAACUGCGUAAUCACUAAACCUGACGCCCCGGUCAAGUGGAAGAAAGGAUCUGUGGUACUUCAGCUCAGUGACAAGUAUGAACUGAAGCAGAAAGGCUCCACGGUUGAGUUGAUUAUUCACGACCUAAAGCUUGAAGACGCAGGAGAAUAUACCUGUGAUUCUGGGGACGAGCAAACCACAGCCUCGUUGAAAGUGAAAGCUCUGCCAGUGCUUUUCAAAACGGAGCUUCAGAAUGAGGAGGCUCAGGAAGGAAAUACCGUAACACUGCGCUGCGAGGUGACCAAAGCCGAUGCCCCAGUGAAAUGGAAAAAGGGAUCGGUUCUGCUCCACUCAAGUGACAAACACGAAAUGAAGCAAAAAGGCGCUAGCGUUGAAUUGCUUAUCCGUGACCUAAAGCCAGGAGACACUGGAGAAUAUACGUGCGACACAGGCGAUAAAAAGUCCACUGCAACCUUAAAAGUGAAAGUUCUGCCAGUGCUUUUCAAAGAAGAGCUUCAGACAGUGGAAGCUGAAGAGAACGGCACCGCCACUCUGCACUGUGAGAUUACUAAGCCCGACGCCCUAGUGAAAUGGCGGAGGGGGUCUCUGCUGCUUACCCCGGGUGACAAAUAUGAAAUGGAGCAAAAAGGUUCUUGCAUUGAGUUAGUUAUUCACAACCUGAAACUAAAGGAUGCUGGAGAUUACACCUGUGAUUCUGGAGACCAGCAGACCACUGGCUCCCUAAAAGUCAAAGCCCUGCCAGUGCUUUUCAAACGAGAGCUUCAGAACGUAGAGGCUGAGGAGGAUGGCACGGCCACCUUGACCUGUGAGGUGACCAAACCUGACGCCCCAGUGACAUGGAAGAAGGGAUCUGUGGGGCUUCAUUCAAGCAACAAGCAUAAAAUGAAGCUGAAAGGUUGCAGCGUUGAGUUGGUUAUACAGAAGCUAACACUGGAAGAUGCUGGAGACUACACCUGCGAUACAGGAGAUCAGCAGAGCACUGCAACAUUGAAAGUGAAGGCCCUGCCAGUGCUUUUCAAACGAGAACUUCAGAACGUAGAGGCUGAAGAGGACAGUACGGCCGCCCUGAGCUGUGAGGUUACCAAACCUGACGCCCCAGUGACAUGGAGGAAGGGAUCUGUGGGACUUCACUCAAGUGACAAGUACGGAAUGAAGCAGAAAGGAUCCAGAGUUGAGUUACUUAUUCACAAGCUGAAGCUGGAAGAUGCCGGAGACUACACCUGUGAUACUGGGGACCGGCAGAGCUCUGCUACGUUGAAAGUCAAAGCCCUGCCAGCGCUUUUCAAACGAGAGCUUCAGAAUGUAGAGGCUGAAGAGGACAGUACGGCCGCCCUGAGCUGUGAGGUUACUAAACCUGACGCCCCAGUGACAUGGAGGAAGGGAUCUGUGGGGCUUCACUCAAGCGACAAGUAUGAAAUGAAGCAGAAAGGAUCCAGAGUUGAGUUACUUAUUCACAAGCUGAAGCUGGAAGAUGCCGGAGACUACACCUGUGAUACUGGGGACCGGCAGAGCUCUGCUACGUUGAAAGUCAAAGCCCUGCCAGUGCUUUUCAAACGAGAGCUUCAGAACGUAGAGGCUGAAGAGGAUGGUACGGCCGCCCUGAGCUGUGAGGUUACCAAACCUGACGCCCCAGUGACAUGGAGGAAGGGGUCUGUGGGGCUUCACUCAAGUGACAAGUAUGAAAUGAAGCAGAAAGGGUCCAGAGUUGAGUUACUAAUUCACAAGCUGAAGCUGGAAGAUGCCGGAGACUACACCUGCGAUACUGGGGACCGGCAGAGCUCUGCUGCGUUGAAAGUCAAAGCCCUGCCAGCGCUUUUCAAACGAGAGCUUCAGAACGUAGAGGCUGAAGAGGAUGGUACGGCCGCCCUGAGCUGUGAGGUUACCAAACCUGACGCCCCAGUGACAUGGAGGAAGGGAUCUGUGGGGCUUCACUCAAGCGAUAAGUAUGAAAUGAAGCAGAAAGGAUCCAAAGUUGAGUUACUUAUUCACAAGCUGAAGCUGGAAGAUGCCGGAGACUACACCUGUGAUACUGGGGACCGGCAGAGCUCUGCUGCGUUGAAAGUGAAGGCCCUGCCAGCGCUUUUCAAACGAGAGCUUCAGAAUGUAGAGGCUGAAGAGGAUGGUACGGCCGCCCUGAGCUGUGAGGUUACCAAACCUGACGCCCCAGUGACAUGGAGGAAGGGAUCUGUGGGGCUUCACUCAAGCGACAAGUAUGAAAUAAAGCAGAAAGGGUCCAGGGUUGAGUUACUAAUUCACAAGCUGAAGCUGGAAGAUGCCGGAGACUACACCUGCGAUACUGGGGACCGGCAGAGCUCCGCUGCGUUGAAAGUCAAAGCCCUGCCAGUGCUUUUCAAACAAGAGCUUCAGAACGUAGAGGCUGAAGAGGAUGGUACGGCCGCCCUGAGCUGUGAAGUUACCAAACCUGACGCCCCAGUGACAUGGAGGAAGGGAUCUGUGGGGCUUCACUCAAGUGACAAGUAUGAAAUGAGGCAAAAGGGCUGCCAUGUUGAGUUACUUAUACACAACCUGACGCUAGAAGACGCGGGAGGCUACAGGUGUGACUCUGGAGAUCGGCAGAGCUCUGCCUCCUUGAAAGUGAAGGCCUUGCCUGUGCUCUUCAAACAAGAGCUUCAGAACCGAGAAGCGGAGGAAGGGGACACAGUGACGCUGCUCUGCCAGUUGACCAAAGCUGAUGUUCCAGUGGAGUGGAGGCAGGGCUCUGCGGUACUCGAAGCCGGGGACAAAUAUGAAAUGAAACAGAAAGGUCCCUGCGUCGAGUUAUUGAUCCGCAGGCUGGGAGUUGAAGACACUGGAGAUUACACUUGUUUUACAAGAGAUCACCAGACCUCCGCCUUUCUCAGAGUAAAUGCUUUGCCAGUGCUUUUCAAACACGAGCUUCAGAAAGAGGAAGUGAGGGAGGGUGGCACAGCCACACUGCACUGCGAGCUCACUAAAGCCAACGCCACAGUGGAAUGGAGAAAGGGGUCAGUGGCGCUUAUACCUUGUGGCAAAUAUCAAAUGAAGCAAGAGGGUGCGAUUGUGGAACUGUUCAUCACGAGUGUGGAACCAGAAGACGCUGGGGAAUAUACAUGUGAUUCUGGGGAUCAACAAACCACUGCUUCUCUUAAAGUAAAUGCUUUACCUGUGUUCUUCAAACAAGAGCUGCACAGCGAAGAAGCUGAAGAGGGCGACACAGUCACGUUUCAUUGUGAACUGACUAAACCUGGCGCCCCAGUGCGUUGGAGGAAGGGAGCUGUAGUUCUUCAGCCCAGCCACAAGUAUGAAAUCACUCAAGUCGGUGUCUUUGUUGAGUUGUCGAUCCACAAUUUGAAAACAGAAGACGCUGGAGAAUACGUGUGUGACUCUGGGGAUCAGCAGACCGUAGCUGACUUGAAAGUUAAUGAGCCAGACAUCACUAUAGUGGAGGAGUUGAAGAAUGUUAAAGUGUUCGAAGACGAAGAUGCCUUGUUUAAAUGUGAAAUUUCUCAUGAAAAUGCACGCGACGUGCAGUGGAAACUUGGAUAUGCCACACUCCAGAACAGCUCGCUUAAUGAGAUCUCAGUCGAACGUGGAAAGAUUCAUAUGCUGCAUCUGCGGAAAGUCGCAGAAGAAGACUCUGGUAUCGUAACCUUCCGAGUCGGACCUUAUGUUUCAUCAGCAGAGUUGACUGUAAAAGGUGCUCCAGUGUACUUCAAAGAAGAACUUCAGAACACAGAGGGCGAGGAGAAUGGCACAGCAAACCUCCGAUGUGAGCUUUCUAAACCCAGUGGAGCGGUUACAUGGAGCAAAGGGUCACUGGCAAUCGUGUCAAACAAGAAGUACAAAGUGAAACAGGAAGGCCCUCUACACACGCUACUGAUUCACAACCUGGAACCAACAGACUCGGGAAAUUACACCUGUUCUUCUGAGGGUCAACAGACAACAGCUUCCUUAACCGUGAAAGCCCAGCCUGUACUUUUCCUGAAAUGGCUUCAGAAUGAGGAAGCAGAGGAAGGCGGCACAGGCAGACUGCGCUGCGAGCUGACUAAACCUGGGGCUCAGGUGGAAUGGAGGAGAGGAGAGCUGGUGCUUCACGCUAGCGACAAGCAUGAAAUGCUCCAGAAAGGCUCCGUUGUGGAGUUGCUUAUCCACAAUUUGACGCCAGGAGACACAGGAGAAUACACCUGCGAUUCUGGGGACCAGCAAACUACUGCCUGCUUAGCGGUCACGCAGCCAGACAUAAGAAUUGUGGAGGGUUUGAAAGACGUGGAAGUAUUUGCGGGCGCGGACGCCUUGUUUGAGUGCGGAGUCUCCCACGAGAGUGCAGGCGACGUGCGGUGGAGCCUGGGAGGAAUCGAGUUGCAGAAUAACGAAAUGAAUAUGAUUUCGGUGAAGAGUGGCAACAUUCACACCUUGACGCUGAGGAAAGUCACGUGGGAUGACUCCGGUGUCGUGAUCUUCACGGUUGGAAAAGACACUUCUACGGCAGAACUGAAAGUAAAAGCCACUCCUGCAAGUUUCACACUACAACUGCAAAACACAGUCGCAGGGGAGAACGACACGGCAACUUUGCGCUGUGAGCUCUCACAGCCCGAUGCUUCUGUUACGUGGAAGAAAGGAUCGAUUAAAAUCCAACCGAGCGGGAAGACUGAAAUUAAACGGGAAGGGGCUGCGCACACGUUAGUGAUCCGUGACCUGAAACCAGAGGAUUCGGGAGAGUAUUCCUGCAGCUCUGGAGACCAACACACUGCAGCUUCCUUGACCGUGAAACCGUCGGAAGUGAGGAUCAUCGAGGGGCUGCAGAACGUGACAAUAUUUGAAAACGAAGAUGCCGUGUUCAAGUGCGAGGUCCAUCCAGAAAAUGCAGCGGAUGUGCAGUGGUGGUUGGCAGGCAUUCCCUUGCAGCACAACGAGAUGAACGAAGUGGGGCUCGAACACGGGAAGACGCACACGCUGAAGUUACGAAAGAUCACGCAGGAAGACUCUGGCACGGUAACCAUUAGAGUCGGGAGUCUGGCCUCCUCUGCGGAGCUGAUUGUGAAAGAACAUCCCAAAAUUAUUCGCGGUCUCGAGGACACCAGAGUGCCGGAACAGAGCAGUGUGAGGUUCGAAUGCGAGCUUUCUCAGGAAGGUGUUUCAAACGCUCAGUGGUGGUUGGACGGGACGCCUCUCCAGAAGAAUGAACUGAACGAAGUUGCUGUCUGUGGUAAGGUGCACACCUUGAUCCUGAGAAACCUGACGGCCAAGGAUUCAGGAACGGUGCUCUUCAAAGUCGGCUCGAAAAGUUCCUCAGCCAAGCUGACCGUGGAAGAAACAUCCAAAGCCUCACCUGCCUAUUUCGAACGAGAGCUUGAGAAUGUGGACGCUGAAGAGGGUGACACGGGAACACUGCGCUGUGAACUGUCUAAAGCUGACGCUCCUGUGGAAUGGAGAAAGAGACUCGCGGUUCUAAGAGCGGGUGACAAAUAUGAGAUGAAGCAAAAAGGCACCGUUGUUGAGUUGUGCAUCCACAACCUGAGAUUGGAGGAUGCCGGCAAAUAUACCUGUUACUGUGGGACUCAACAGACUACAGCUGCUGUAACUGUUAAAGAACGAGAAAUAAAAAUAGUUUGUGGUCUAAAGAACACCGAUGUCUUUGCUGGUGGGGCAGCCACGUUUCUGUGCGAGCUCUCACACGAGGGGGUGGAGAAUGUGCAGUGGUGGCUGGAUGGGUCACGUCUUCACAAUACCAAUCUGAACGAGAUAUCUGUCCGAGACGCCAAAGUCCACACAUUAACCUUAAACGACCUGGGAACAAAUGACUCGGGGACUGUCACUUUUAAAGCUGGGACACUUCGCUCUGCAGCCAAACUAUUAGUGAAAGAUCCAACAGUUGAGGUAGUGAGCGAAAUGGAAGACCUGACUAUAGAGGAACAUGGCACAGCAGUGUUUAUCUGCCAGUACUCCAGACCAGUCCAGGCUCUGUGGAGGAGAGAUGGGCACGAGAUUCAGGCUGAUUCAGGUCAUCGCGUCAUUAUUGAGCAGGACUGGAACGUAGCGAAACUGAAAAUCAGUGACGUCACGCCGGAGGACGGUGGAACGUACACUUGCGAAGCUUCUGGGACAAUGGUUUCUGCCGUGCUCAGCGUUCCAGCAGAGCGCUCUGACAUUGUUGAAGGUCUACAGAAUGUGGACACCUCAGAAGGGGGCGAAGCUUUGUUCGAAUGCCGCUUGACCCGACCAGAGCUACAGGACUGCAAGUGGCUGUUGGAUGAUGCUCCCAUUUCACAGUCUGAAAACAUAGAAAUGGCCAUCUUUGAAGGUGGACAAAGACACAUGUUACUCUUAAAGAACCUAACUCCGCUGGACAGCUGUAUCGUGACCUUUGUCGCUGGAAAUACAAUGUCGUCAGCGUAUCUAAAUGUUAAAGGUUGGCAUAUUGACGUAUUGGAGCCCAUGAGAGAUGUUGAAGUGGUCCAGGCAAACACUGCUGAAUUUGAGUGUGUAUUAAAUGAAAUAAUCCCCGUGUCCGAAGUAAGCUGGUAUCUGAAUGGAACUGAAAUCCAUCCAGACGAACACUGGGAGAAAAAGGCAGAGAAAACCACUCACAGGCUCAUUCUGACCCACGCACUAGCUCGUCAUUCUGGAGAAAUCACUUUUGCCUCCAGGGAUGCCAUUACAUCAGCAAAAUUAUCAGUUAUUGGCCUCCCCGAUCCUCCUGAAGAUCCAGAAGUCCUUAGCAAGACCAGCGAGUCUGUUACGCUCUCUUGGUUUACGCCACUGAGCGAUGGUGGCUGUAGUUUACUAGGCUACAGCAUUGAGAUGAAGUCUACUGACAGUGACCGCUGGUCGCCGUGUAACACAAAUGUGGUCAAGGACACGGAGCUCACCGUUGAUAAUCUGGUGCCAGGCUUGGGUUACAGAUUCCGCAUCUCGGCUCUGAACCGGGCUGGCGCUGGAGAACCUGUUCAUUUACCGCAGACGGUUUUGCUGGUUGAGCCCCAGCCUGUGCCGGAGCCCGACUUGGAAGCCGUAGAGGAGUCCGCGCAGGUUAUAGCCGAGCUGACGGGCGAGGAAGAGGAGUCGGGAGAGCUGCCAGCCAAGCCAAGCUUGCCCCCGGAGGCCGCCCAGGAAGGAGACUUGCACCUCCUGUGGGAGGCCUUGGCCAAGAAACGGCGAAUGAGCCGGGAGCCAACCCUGGAUUCCAUCUGCGAAGUGCCGGAGGAAGACGACAAGGCGCAGAAACGUCGGAAGCAGAGAGCCGCGGAGAGCGAGGACCUGUCCACGGAUGAAACGUCCCGCGUUUGGGAUUCCUACACGAGCUCCGACGAGGAUUCCAGGUCGAGCACCCCCUGCCUCGUCCACUACCUGAAGAGGGCGGGCAAGUCCACCAUCACCGUGGCCGGGAAAGUCCAAACCGUUUCGACAAGCAAGUUCUGGAAGCACUGGGAGACGUCGGUGACGGAACCCGAGCAGCCGCAGGGCACAGCCGCCCCGGGAGAGGACCCGUCGCUCGUGGAGGCCGCCACCAAGAUCCAGGCGGCUUUCAAGGGCUACAAGACCAGGAAGGGCCUCAAGCAGCAGCAGCGGCGGGAGGAAGAGGGCCCGCCUGUGUUUGGGGAGGUCUUCAAAGACCAGGUGAGCGAGCCAGGCCGGACCCUGCACCUGGAGUGCGUGUCGCUGAGCAAGACCGAGAUCAGAGUGCGGUGGCUGAAGGACGGGGUGGCCCUGGCCGACGGGCGCCACCACCACAUCGACAGCUACCCAGACGGAACCUGCUCCCUCAUCGUGGCGGGCGUGGAAGAGAAAGACGCGGGGACCUACACCUGCGAGGUUUCCAACGCCUUGGGCACCACCUCGCACAGUGCCGGGCUCCGCGUCGGGAGGGGCGGCCCGUGGGCCGGCCCGGAGCCCCGGCGGGAUCCGGCCAGGAAGCCCGGCAGCGACAGUGAGCCGGAGAGCUCCUCGGGGAGCGAAAUGGACGACGCCUUCCGCAGGGCGGGCAAGCGGCUGCACCGGCUCCUGCGCUCGCAGCUGCUGCCACUCGAGUUCUCCGAGGUCGAGGAGGAGUUAUUCGUCAGUGCCGAUGAGGGAGAAGACCCCCGGGACAAGCAGACCUACCACGAGGACGAGAGGUACAUCUACGUGAAGUUCGACACCUUGCUGGAGGCCGAGCUGGCGGCGGCCAGGUUCAAGGAGAUGUUUGUCGGCCGGGGGGUCCCGGUCCAUAUCGACAUCUGCGAGGACGGGGCCCGGGCGCAAAUCCGGAUUAAAAAGGCCUCGCAGUUCUCCGCUUCUUCUGAGUCGGAAGCAGGUCUGCCGCCCGCGAGAGAGAGAUCAGCCGCCAGCGGGGCCGAGGCUGCGCCCCAUUUUGUAUCCGAGCUCCAGAACCAGGAGGUUCAAGAAGGCUACCCCAUCAGCUUUGACUGUAUGGUGGGUGGUUACCCACCUCCGACCAUUCGAUGGUUCAAAGACGGAAAGGUUCUUGAGGAGAACGACCACUACAUGAUCAAUGAAGACCAAGAUGGAUGCCACCAGCUUAUAUUGACGUCUGUCCUUCUGAGUGACAUGGGAGUGUACAGAUGUGUGGCAGAAAACUACAUUGGAGUUAGUUCAACAAAGGCUGAACUGAGAGUGGAUGUUACCAGCUCAGACUACGAUACAGCUGAAGCCACGGAAACAUCUUCCUAUGUCAGUGCUCAAGCCUCUCUCACACGGGAGCAGAAUUUGGAAGGUUUGGAGUCUCAGGCUGAGGAGGAGCAGCUGCCACAAAUAGUGGAGGAACUUCACGAUGCUUUCGUCACCCUUGGGGCACCCAUGACGAAACUGCAAAUUGAAGUGAAAGGCUAUCCAGUUCCUCGGGUGUAUUGGUUUCGGAAUGGUAAGCCUCUGCGUGGCACUGACAAGGUGCUGAUGAGUGAGGACAAAGGGAAUCAUUCACUGGAAAUCCUUGAUGUUUCCAAAGAGGAUGAUGGUGAAUAUGCCGCCUACGUCAGCAAUUCUUCAGGUUCUGCAUAUACGUCCGCUGUCUUGCACGUACAAGCCCCAGGAGAAGAGUUUGAGAAGCGGGAGCCUGAAACCAAAGCAGCGACAGAAAACUUAGUGCCGCCGAGAUUUCUGGAACGGUUCACAAACAAGCGUGUCAAGAAGGGAGCGAGUAUUACACUGACGGUCAAGGUUGAAGGAUCUCCUGCUCCAGACAUAACCUGGCUUAAAGAGGAGUCUGUGGAAGAUGUUAUCUGGAUCAAGCAAGACACGCCUGGCUAUAAAUUAGCCAGUUCAAACAUGCAGCACAGUCUGAUCCUCCUGGAUGUGGGGAAGGAAUACUCUGGUACCUACACCUGUAUUGCUACAAACAAGGCCGGACAGUCCAUCUGCACCGCUCGUCUCGAUGUUGCGGAAGUGCAAGAAGUUGGAGUUCCUACAGAAGAAAGCACCACUAUGAAAGAAAAGCUUAUGCAAACAUUCUUAAACGGGUCACCUGCAGACCUCGACCGCAAAGGGUUGGAAGGUGCACCGAUAGCCCCACCACAUUUCUCACUGGCAGAUGUUGGGACAGAAGAAUUCCUCCAGAAACUGACCUCCCAGAUCACCCAAAUGGUCUCUGCAAAGAUCACCCAAGCUUCUCUUCGUGUCCCCGGAGCGGACAGCGAUGAUGAAUCGAAGACUCCGUCGCCGUCUCCACGCCAUGGGAGAUCCAGACCUUCCUCUAUCGUCAACGAAUCCUCCUCCGAGUCUGAGGACGGGGAAACGAGAGGCGAGAUUUUUGACAUCUACAUGGCCUCAGCAGACUAUAACCCGGUACCUGCUGACAAGGAAUCCAUCCACCUGAAGGAGGGGCAGUAUGUGGAAGUCCUCGACUCUGCACAUCCUCUGAAAUGGCUGGUCAGGACCAAGCCCACCAAAUCCACUCCUGCCAGGCAGGGCUGGGUCUCACCUGCCUACCUGGAUAAAAGAUUAAAGUUGUCACCUGAAGUUGCAGUGGAUAGCCCUGAGUUCCUUGGGGAGGUGGUAUCGGAAGAUGAAUACAAGAAAAGGCUAUACCUCUUUGUGCAGGAUCUGAUUAUAUCGGAAGAGGAGUACGUUAGAGACAUGCAGUUCUUUGUCAAACACCAUGUGAAACAUACAGAAACCAGCCCUGAUGUCCCACUCUCAGUUGCGAACGUCAAAGGGGCCAUAUUUCGAAAUGUUAAUGAAAUUGCAGAUUUCCACUACAGCACCUUCCUGAAUGAUCUCAGGCAAUGUCAGACAGACGACGACAUCGCUUUGUGUUUCAUCAAGAACAAUGAUGGAUUUGAUAAAUACUUGCAGUACCUGGUUGGAAGGGUACAAGCCGAAUCUCAUGCUACCAACCCAACUGUCCAGGACUUUUAUAAUAAAUAUACGGAGGAAGUGUCAGCCACACAUGGCUCAUCAGAAACUCCGGUGUUGUCCAUAGACGCUUACUUGGAGUAUCCGCCCAACAGACUCCUGAAGUACCAAAGCAUUCUCAAGGAACUAAUUCGAAAUAAAGCAAGAAACAACAAAAACUGUGCUUUGUUAGAAGAGGCGUAUGCUGUGGUGUCUGCCUUGCCCAGACGUGCAGACAACAGCAUCCACGUCUCGAUGAUCGAGAACUACCCAGGCACCUUGGAAUCUCUCGGUGACCCCAUCAGACAGGGACACUUCAUUGUGUGGGAGGGAGCUCCUGGAGCACGCUUGUCUUGGAAAGGUCACAAGCGAAACGUCUUUCUGUUCAAGAACCACGUCCUGAUCUGCAAGCCCAAAAGAGACAGCAGGACAGACUCGCAAAGCUACGUCUUUAAAAACCUGAUGAAGCUCACGAACACUGAUCUGAAUGAAAUGGUGGAGGGCGACGAGCGGUCCUUUGAAAUCUGGCACGAACGAGAGGACUCUGUGCGUAAAUACACCCUGCAAGCACGGACCGCGAACACAAAGACCUCGUGGGUGAAAGACAUGUGUGGCAUCCAACAACGCUUCACGCUGCGAGAUUGGAAUCCCCCACAAUUUGUGGAGAAGUUGGCGGAUUGUACCCCCGAAGUGGGAGAGACUGUCAAGCUGGCCUGCCAGGUGAUAGGAAAUCCCAAACCUAUCAUCACAUGGUACAAAGAUGGCAGACCUGUGGAAGUGGAUCGACAUCACAUCGUUAUAGAGGAUGAAGACGGUUCCUGUACCCUGAUCCUGGACACCCUUACUGCUGCCGAUUCAGGACAGUACAUGUGUUUUGCGGGCAGCACUGCGGGGAAUGCCAGUACUCUUGGAAAGAUUGUUGUACAAGUGCCUCCGAGGUUUUUAAACCGUCUUCAGAACAUCCCUUUUAUAGAGGGUGAAGAUACCCAAUUUGCCUGCACUAUCGAGGCUGCACCAGCCCCUCAGAUAAGGUGGAGUAAAGCUGGCUCAUUGUUAGCAGAUAAGACAAAAUACCAGACCUUCUGUGACACACAGUUUGGAGUUGCAGUACUCGUCAUCAAACACACAACAAGGCAAGACCUUGGAGUCUACGAAUGUGAGGUUACGAACAGGCUGGGUACUGCUAACGAUCAUGCCGAGCUGUACGUUCAGGCCCCCAUACUGCGGGUUCCGGACAAGAAGGGAGAGCGAGCUGUCAUGAUUGAAGUCACUGAACAAGAAACUAAAGUUCCCAAGAAAACCAUCAUCAUUGAGGAGACUAUCACGACCGUCGUGAAGAGCCCAAAGGUCAAACGUCGCUCAGGCUCCAGUGUGUCCCCCGCUCGGUCACCCAGGCCACAGGAAACAGCAUCGGAGGCACCCGGGUCAGCCAGACCUAAGAAAGCGUCGCCCAAAGCACAGCCUGAGCCCAGGGAGAGCCCCGUGAAGAUGCCUGCAAUUCCCGCGGUGAUGAUAACCGUCCCAGAAGAAGAGCGGGGAGCAGCUGCGAGACCGCUCUCGCUGCAGACUCAAGCCCAAGAACGGAAGACAAAUUGGGUUGAAGUUGAGGAAGUUAUUGAGUUCAAAGUCACGAAAAGCUCAAAGUCCGACAGGAAAAGAUCGGUUUCCCCGUCUAUCCAAACACUGUCUGAGCAAAGGCAGAGCGGCCACAGGUCGCCAAGUCCACGGCCCAAGAGACCACUGAGGGUUGACCCGAACUCGAACAACUCAAACAAUAAUUUGGUGGAACAAAUGGCAUCUUCUCUUCCCGAUGAAAAUCUAAGUGAUGUAGAUAUUCAGCCUCUCGUGUGUGAACCUGAGAACUCUGAUGAUGUUGAUGACGAUGAUGACAAUGAACUGACCAAGCCGGAAGAUGUUAUCCCUGAGUUCACCCUGGCCGAGGCCGUUGACAUUUCUCCAGAGGCUUCUGCACGCGCAGGGACCGACUACAGUCUCCAGCCGAGAGCAACUAAAGAUCAGUGCGUCACGUUGACGGAAGGGGAAUCUCCGCUAAUUGCACAUGUGGGUGAAACCAUUGUGUUGAGUUUCGAAAGCCCUGAACUUGCAGACGCUGAGCAGCUGUCCCUCGAAAACGUACCCGAUCUCAGAACAGAGUCGCCUUCCGAAAUCGCGGACCUUCCACGGGAUGUCCCCGUGGACGAGAUGGAGGAAGUGAAGCAAGGCGAGGAAGACUUCAUAGUCCCCGAAGACGAAAACGUCAUCGUCGACGAACCUUCCGAGUCUGGCAGCGAUGAUCUAAUAGGUCGAGGCACGAAGAUUUUGACUCAUAACGGCAAAUUGUUGACGCUGGAAGACCUGGAAGACUACGUUCCUGUUCAGGGAGAAACCUACAAAUGUGGGGCCGGGUCUGACAGUCCACCAGGUGCCAGUUCCGAAGAGCCCUGUGAGAUCUCGGUCCUGCAGGCGGAGAUCGGUGAACCAACGAUUGGCAAACCGGUUUUACUGAACGUCGGCAGGCCAGUCGUCCCCAAGAUGAAUCCAAGCUACUCGCGUCCAUUCAGAGACCCUUGCGCUGGGGGGAUGUUCGUAUCCACGUCCCGGGUCACCGAGAGGCACUCGGCGGGGCCCACAAAUGUGUCCGUGCACGUCAGUGAAUCACGCAGCGAAUCGGUCGUCCUCCCCUCAGCAGGAGCAGCUGAGAAGAACCCCGGGUUUGAGUUAAAGACAUCCUUCUGUACUGCGGUGCAAUGCUCGGUGGACAAUGGACAGCCAAGCUUCAAGACCGAGGUUUCCACGAGAACUCUCAGCUAUGGGGCUGUUGGAGAAUCGGUCACUUUGCACAUCAGUAAGAAGGAGCCGCCCACAGGAGCCCAACAGAAGCAGUGACAAUGUUAACACGGUCUUCAUCUUGCGACGGGGAGACCGAGUUUAUGGAGGAAUGCUGCAACGGAGAGGGAGAGAGAGAGAGAGAGAGAGAGAGAGAGUUGGAGGGAGGGAGGGAGAGAGAGAGAAAAAAAUUACGUGAAGUGAUUCUAGUCUUAAGGGAGAACAUUUAGAGGAAACAGCUUCUUAUAUAUAAAAAAACUUUUCUUCAAAGAAACUCCAUUCCAUCGGUUGAAAGACUUCAAUGAUUGGGCUUACCUAUGUAUUAUGGACACUAACGUACUGUUAAUAACUUAUCAUACGAGCCUCCUUGUAGACUUCAGUUUUUUACUAAGUAUAAAACCGUUAAUGUUCUCUCUUUACUUGGCCAUUUGUAACUGUAUCAAUGAGACAGAAUAUGUGACAUUAUUAAUGUGAUAAUGCACUAUAUAAUAUAUAUAUAUCUAAUAUAGAUGUGAUAUAUGUAGCUGUCGUAAUUUGAAUGAAAUAGUUUGGAAACAUCAGCUUA